AUGGCUGUAAUUUUGAUAACAAGUCACGAUGAACAUAUACGUGAUCUUUGUAAAGAACCAACCCCCUUGCCGAAACUAAAACUUUAUAAAACAAAGUACCAUAAAGAUGAAGGAAAAGUUCAGAAAAAAGCACAUGCAACCAUGGGAAUACCUUUAACAGAACUACCCGACCCUCAAAAUUAUCUUAAGAAGCAUACGGGAAAAAGUUGUUAUGGCGCUAAAGACAUUAUUAAAAAAGAACCAACGCCACCGGUUAGACAGAAAAUAGAGGUACCAAAAACGGCAGAGUGUUUAAAAGCCGAAAAACCACCACGACCUUGCAAAAAUUACAUAUUAGAUAACAUAAAUACUAUUUGUAAAAUGAAACCAAAUCCCCCUAUACCUACAGUUGUCAUUGAUCGAUUUGGUAAUAAAGUGCUUGCAAAACCCGGUUUACGACCAGCCGAUAUCAAAACAUUUGGAAAAUAUCCUCCUUAUUUAUGGAGAAUUCUGUAUAAACAACAGAUUAACUAUCUUAUAAAUAAAUAUAAACAGUCCGAAGCCAAACAACGCCCUGGAAAAUAUAUUCCGUGCUUCGAAAAAGAUAAAAUGAUUAAUGGUCUAAUACAAAAUUAUUAUGAAAUCCUGGAACAACAUGAACGUAUACCACUAUCAAGCGAUUCUUAUAUGUGUAAUCAGAGAAAAGCUAAAAUGCAAGCUGAACUGAAGCAGUUGGAAGAGGAUAUUGUUUUAUUAGAAAGAAAUCACUAUCUCUUUGUUCCAGACGAUGUCGAAAUAAAUUCUUGA